AUGGAGCUGGGGAAAGGAAAGCUACUGAGAACUGGCCUCAAUGCCUUAUACCAGGCCAUACAUCCUGUGCACGGCAUUGCUUGGACAGAUGGAAAGCAAGUGAUCCUGACGUCUUUCUACCUACAUAAUGGGGAACCUAAAUUUGGCAGCUCCAAUGUGGUGGGUCAGUUUGAACACGUUCAUGGACUUUACUGGGGUCCGCCAUGUACGGAAGACGUCCCAGCACUUCUUGCCAUUCAGCAUAAAAAACACAUCACCAUGUGGCAACUCUGUUACAGUGCUUCCGAAAAAAAUAAGCUUAUGGUUUAUCAGAUCAGCGAGAUUGGCGAGGCGUUUCCUGUACUCCCCCAGGGCUGCAUAUGGCAUCCCAAAAAAGAAAACUUGGCUGUGCUGACCACCCGGGACGCUUCUGUCCUGCACAUGGUUCGCCUCAACAAUUCCAGGAUAAAAGCAGACAUCAAAGGCACCGGGCUCGUCCAUUGUGCUUGCUGGACUGAAGAAGGUAAUCGCUUGGUAAUUGGGAUAGGCAGUGCCCUCCAUUCCUAUAUUUGGGAUGAUGAUCAGAAAACACUGAACCCGUGUUCUUUCUGCCCAAUAUUUGAUGUAGGAGGUUAUGUCUGCGCUGUUGAAGCCACUUUGAGUUCCCAAGUGGCUGUCACUACCGAACUUCCACUAGAUAAGAUAUGUAGCUUGAAUGCAGGGACGACUUUUGAAAUCUCAACUGACGUAUCAAACUCUGUACCUUCGCAAACUACCUCACUGAGCUGUGAAGAAGAGUUCUCUAUGGAUGUUGGGAAAAAGAUCCUAGACCAAGAACAGUCUUUACCUGUUAGAACACUUGCAUCUUCACCUGUAGAUCUAACUCAUAUUCUUCCAAGCAAACCCCGAUCGGACAACACUCCUCUCAUUCAUUUAAGAGCAAAGGACUACCUAACAGGAAGUGGCCAAGAUGCGUCACAUCUGAUCUUGGUGACUUUUGAAAAAAAGGUGACCGCUACCAGAAGAGUCAGCAUCCCGGGCAUUCUGGUCCCAGAUAUAAUGACUUUUGACCCUAAGAAUCAGACUGUGGCCAUAGCGUCCAACACUUGUAAUAUAAUUUUGGUGUACUCAUUAACGUCCUCCCACUUACCUAACAUUCAACAGAUUCAUCUUGAGAAAAGCGAGAGGCCAAAGGGAUUGUGUUUCCUAACAGAUAGACUAUUACUGAUACUGGUUGGGAAACAGAAAUUAACAGAUCCUGCUUUUCUUCCAUCCUCACGAUCAGACAAGUACCUUCUUCGUUUGAUGAUCAAAGAAAUUGUAUGCAAAGAGGGUUCCUCUGCACUUUCCAGCUCUGCUGCAGCUGGUUCUGUAAGCCUGGCUGUGAAAAGAGAGGGCCUCGAAACUCAUUCAGAUGUUCACCCUCUGAGCGACGGACUGCUCCUCCCAGGCUGCACAGUGGUUUCCUCUCCUAGAAGUAAAAAAAAACUCAUCGAAGAAAUUAAGAGCCCUACGAAUGAUAAGAACCUGUUGAUGAGUGUGGUUGACUUAAAGGAAAAGAAUAUUUCCAACGAUUUCCCCCAAAUGCUGGAAACUCUGGAUACUGAACCAACAAAUCGCUUGCUAGUUCUUCAAGGGCUUCAGACAUCUUCCAGAUUGGCUGAUAUACCAGCUUCUCCAAACCAGCGAGUGCAGAGAUCUCCAGAAAUUUUAAAUUCCUCCAAUGUUAACGUCUUGCGAAGCGAAAAAGAAGCCAGUUACUUACCUAAAAAUCUCGAAAGGUUGUGUAGCAGCUUUACAGAGUUGCAGCAUCAGCUUUUUGAACUAACUGAGCUUCUGAAAUCUGGGAAAAAACCUCUGCUGGGAUACCCAUCUUCUCGAGAACCCUCUUUUGUUAAUAUCACUUGCCAGAAGGAUUCUGCGGGAACUGUAACACUUGAAAAGCGAGCUGUUAUCCUCUGCGACGGCAAACUUCGUCUAAAUAUAGUUCAGCAGAUUUUCAACCUGUGUCUUGUUGAAAUGCAGCAUGAUGAGUGA